AUGCGUUUUCUGAUUCUGUUUCAGCUGCUGGCGCUUCUCUCCACACAAUGGGGAACUAUAGCGAGCCAGCUUACUCCCUCUAAAGCGUCAGAAGCCCCUCUCUUUCUUGCUUCAUAUGGUGAAAUAGAUGAACAAGUAGCAAAUGUAGCACCGCCAGAUAAUCUCGUAGAAGCGCUGCUGCGAGCGGCGGCACACUACGACUCUCCAUGGAUGCGCUCAUCUCCUGAACCGGGACAGACCCUUGACGAAGACGGCAGCGGCAGCGACAUCAUAGAUGGCCGCCGCAGCAGCAGCAGCAGCACAGAUGAGCCCGGCAGCGGCGGCGGCAGCAGCACAGAUGGCCCCAGCAGCGGCACCGCAGCAACCGCAACUCAAGAGAGCAGCACGACAUCCUCCUCCUCUUCUGGUGCAGUUGUACCGACACUCAUGAAGAACGGCUCAUCGGGUUUGAAAUCGCUGCUUAGUGUGCUGUGGUCACCACAGCUGGAGAAACCCCCUAUAGAAAACGAUGACAGUGGAUUCGACUGA